AUGGUUCAAAUACAUGAUGCAAAAUCUCCUUUCCUGUUACCCUUAUAUAAAGUGUACGAAAGUAACAACAUUUUUUUUUGUAAAGGAAAUAUUAUAACAGGGCCUAAUAUAUUUUUCCUUCUCUUUACAUAUAUAAUUAUAAUUAUUUCGGUUUUGCCUAUAUAUAUAAUAACAUAUUUCCAAAUAGAUAGUUCCUUUUGUUUAACCGUUGCUCUUGUUUCCCUGACAAUUUUCUUUAUAUUAGUUUUAUUUUUUUUAACAACCACAGCAUUUUGUGACCCUGGAAUAAUACCUAAAAGGAAUUAUGUUGAUUUAUCAUUGCCAAAAGGACGAACUGCAUUUACUACUGCAAAAAUAAAUGGAACAAUUAUAAAACAGUAUUGGUGUGUUAACUGUAAUCAUUUUAAAGAACCUAGAAGUAAACAUUGUUAUACAUGUAAUAACUGCGUCUCGAAAUUUGAUCAUCACUGUGUAUGGAUUGGUAAUUGUGUAGGAAAUCGAAAUUAUAGACGAUUCUUUUUUUUCAUUUUAAAUUUAUCGAUCCUUUCAACAAUAAUAUGUUUUAUAUUCGUUGGACUUUUUAUCCAAUUGUGUAUUAAGGAAAAUGGAAGCUUGUCAUUUCAGCCAAUUUUAUAUACAAUAGGAGAAUAUCCACACAUAACCUUGUAUAUUAUUUAUACCUUUCCAUCCUCCCUUUUGUUAAUUAAUUUAUUUGUGUAUCAUUUACAAAUGGUACUACAAAAUAAGACAACCUAUGAAGAUAUCCAGGGCUUAUAUUCGGGAGAUAACCCAUUUGAUGAAGGGAAAUUUAUAAAUUUGAAAAAGUUUUUAUUUACACCCGUGGAUAAAAUCAAAGUCGAAUGGAAAGAAAUUGUAAAGAACAUAACUCUUUUAGUAAUAUUAAUUUGUCAAAAAUAUAUUAUCAUUUUCAAAACGUUUUAA